CUUUACGCAACCGUUGAUCGCCAUUUUGAGACGUUCGAGCUGCAGUACACAAGCACAGGCGGCUGUUACGCAGCAAAGCUAGACCGUUUUUUGCUAUUUUAAUCAUAUUUUUCGGUAAUUAAAGAAUCAAUGUCUCGAUUUAACAAUAAUCGCGGCGGCCUUGGGAUGAAUCAUUUUCAGCCACGCAGAGGAGGUGGACCCGGCGGCCCGAUACGGGCUGGGUUGAUGGGAAACCCAAAUUUCAGGAAUCAUCCUUUUCAGAACCAAAAUCGCAGGGGAGGAAAUAACUUUAAUAGGCCUCCUCACCAGGGGGCUCAGACGACUCCCCAGAAGCCACCGCAGAACCAGGGAUUACCAAUCAUCCCUCCGCCGACUCCCGGCCCGGCGCUCACAAUGAAAGGCCCGAUGCAGCAGCAGAAGCCGGCGCAGGAUGAGAAACAGACACCGGCAAGCCCCGCGUCCCAGCCGAAGAUCCAGUCACCACCGCCGAAACCAAACAUGACCUCUCCCCAGCCUAACCAGGAUAACAAGAACCAGAACCAGCAGCUUAAAUCACCAGCAGGUAAUACUAACGGACAACAGCAGAAGCCGCUUCCGAGCCCCAAGUCAGGGCCCCCGCAAGGCCAGAGGACAGGCCCACAACAAGGCCAGAAGACAGGUCCGCAACAAGGCCAGAGGACGGGUCCCCAACAAGGCCAGAAGACAGGUCCACAACAAGGCCAGAGGACAGGCCCGCAACAAGGCCAGAAGACAGGUCCGCAACAGGGCCACAGGACGGGACCACAGGGGACUCAAAACAAGUCCAAACAGGACCAGGAAUCGGCCUCAAACGACAACGCAGACGGAAGCCAAACGAAGGAAUUCAGGGCGACACUGUCCAUGUUGCUGAAACCCGGGGAGAAGACGUACACACAGCGGUGUCGCCUGUUCAUCGGCAACCUGCCCAACGACAUCACGGAGGACGAGUUCAGGAAGCUGUUCGCAAAAUAUGGAGAGCCAAGCGAGGUCUUCAUCAACAAAAGCAAAGGCUUCGGGUUCAUCCGAUUGGAGUCUCGUGCACUCGCAGAGAUAGCAAAGGCAGAGUUAGAUGAUACACCAAUGAAAGGGAGACCCCUGCGUGUCCGAUUUGCCACACACUCUGCAGCUCUGUCUGUGAAGAACCUGUCACCGUUUGUUUCUAACGAGCUCCUGGAAGAAGCUUUCUCACAGUUUGGAAUGGUUGAAAGGGCCAUCGUCAUUGUAGAUGACCGUGGGCGAUCCACAGGCAGGGGCAUUGUUGAGUUCGCUUCCAAACCCGCUGCCAGAAAGGCCCUGGAUCGAUGCAAUGAGGGCGUCUUCCUGCUCACAGCGUCACCCAGGCCAGUUAUUGUGGAGCCUCUCGACCAGUUUGAUGAUGAAGAUGGUCUUCCAGAGAAAUUGGCACAGAAGAACCCCAGAUAUCAAGCAGAGCGGGAGGAACCCCCUCGCUUUGCUCGUCCAGGCACUUUCGAAUUCGAAUACUCCAAGCGCUGGAAGUCGCUCGAUGAAAUGGAGAAACAGCAGAGGGACCAGGUGGAGAAGAACAUGCGUGAGGCCCGCGAGAAGCUUGAGAGCGAGAUGGAGGACGCUUACCACGAACACCAGGCCAACCUGCUCAGACAAGAUCUACUGAGGCGACAAGAAGAACUGAGGCGCAUGGAGGAGUUGCACAGUCAGGAGAUGCAAAAGAGGAAGGAGAUGCAGAUGAGACAAGAGGAAGAGCGUCGCAGGCGAGAGGAGGAGAUGCUUCGCAAGAGAGAAAUGGAAGAACAGAUGCGCCGCCAGCGUGAGGAGAACUACAGAAUGGGCAACUUCAUGGAUAGGGACAGAGAGAUGAGAAUGAGUUCCGGCGGAGGAUUGGGAAUGGGUGAUAUGCCCUUCGGUGGGUCCAACCAGAAGUUCCCUAUGGGUGGACUGGGCUUUGAGGGACAACAGGGAAUGGGACCAUCUUCAGGAGGCUUGAUGAACAACGAAAUGCGCAAUGAGCGCUUCGCCCCAGGCGGUCCUAGGGGAAUGGGUCCUGGUAACCCUGGGUACGGCAGGGUCCGCGAGGAGUUUGAUGGUCCAACUAAGAAACCCCGUUUUUAAACGCUUCCCUUUGAUGCUCUUAGCAGCACUAUUUGUAUAGAGUCUCCAAAACAAAUAUGUUGAGCUACAUUUCUUGUAUUUAAGUUUAAAAUGUUGCUACGUUUUAGCCUGACAAUUUUUUCUCUUUUUAUUACAAAGUCAAUAUUUUCAUUUAUUUUGUAUUGUCAGUAGUAUGGAAAGAUAGGUCACACUCGUGUGAUCCGUUAGUUCUAUUUAACCCCUGUAUAAUUUACUUUUCUAGAUGUAUUAUGAUCUGUGAGUCGUCGUGAAGUGAUAACUGUAAAAUUUUUCUCAACUUUCUAUGGCUGUGUUUUGUGCCAUACAUUUGGAGUCAAAGCAUGUAUUAUAAUAAAGAAACAUUGGUUCUAUCAGGACAAACCUUUAACAUUUAUUCUUAAAAGCUGAAUUGUUCAAAAACAACCAAAAUCCAACAAUUGGUUGUUCACACUCAGGAAAAGAAUGUGGAUAGAUUUUCCACAUUAGGUCUUAAAGGGUCUAUGUGUUAUCUCUGCCACAAUCCUGACAUCUUUUGUUCAGCUAUGUGUUUAACAAAAUCUAAAAACCAAGGCAUUGCUCUGCCUCAAGCUAUGUUCGCUAAUGCUCCACCAUCUCCUCCAUUUUUCCAUUUCCUUCCCUGUAAAAACCAAAAUAAAUACAAAUGGGAUAACUCGCAAAUACCAGUUUCAAUCAGGCAGUAUUGUAAAACUGCUGUUGGUAGUGCUUUGUCAAAAUUUGAUAUUUUGAGCAACAUAGUAAUUGGUGACAUUGGUAAUGUGAAAUGACAGAUUUUUAGUACCUUUUGUGAUGUUGCACCCAGUACUUAUGAUUGCAUUACAGGAGGUGGAAAGACUUAUAUAUUCAUAAUACAUAAUAUUGCAAUUUCACACCACAGAUGAAAUGGAGCCCUAUGGAGUUAUUUUCCAUAUUUUACCGGGUUCAUUUACUUGUUUCAUUCACUGGUAUCCAGUAACUCUUUUACAGUCAUACUUCAGGAAAGCAGGAAUACUACACAUAGAACCUUUAAGAAAGCAUGUGGUAGAGUGUGUGUGGUUGUGGGUAACCAAGCUGGGCACACACUUGUUUACGUACGAUUACGUUCAACUAAUAUCACAUAUUUAGUCCACAUUGUGUAUGUCUGUGUGCAUGCUUGGAGGCUGGAGUUACCGACUACGUUUACAUGCAGUCUUAAUAUAUAGCAACCAUGAUAAUAAACCACGCUCACCCUUGUUGCACAUUUAAAGCAGCAAGAGCUCUGCUAUCCAAACAGGUUGCCACCUGAAGAUUACAUGCAGUGAAAUCUGCAUUCACAUUAGAAGUGAUUGCAAUGUGCGUGCACUUUAAUAUCCUCUCACAAGCUACAAGCACAUUGAUAUUGUAGUAGAUGGACUAAGGGCAUCGAAACAACAGUUCCUUGUAGUGUCUCUGCUUUUAUGGAGCUGAAUUACUUUUUUUUGUGUGUGAUGAGAUAUUAAUUGUAAUGAUGCAACCCAGUUGCUACUGGGCUACUUAUUAUACCUUGAUUACCUGGUUUGUGUUGGCCAUUAUCCUCCUUUGGAUAACAGGACAUUAUGCUUUUUAGUCUUAGGCAACUGAUGCUUAGUAGUAGAGGAGUUGAGCAGAAACGCAAUGGCCCAUAACCUCAUUUCCUUUAAAUGGCUAAUAAACAUGAACAAUAAACAAUAGCUAUGUUAGUUGGCAUCCGUUACAAAUCUGCAUGUAAACGUAGUCAUUUUCAGUUGUGAAUUAUUUCUGGGUACAACAGAAGUCUGUAGAGUUGGAAAUGAACACCUAAGGAAGUCUUUACUGAUGGAAUUGAAGUAAAUUUCCAUGCUGUAGUUAAAUAUUCUGUUGGCAUGAGUACGUCUGACUUAACAUUACUGACAGAGGCCCAUAGUGGUCAGUUUUAAAAGCAUGAUAAGCAGGAAUUUAACCAAAUAUGUUUCUAAUUUGUUAAUGUAUGUGGAUGAAAAUGUCAGACCAACAUCUUUAUUUAGCUAAAAAACAAAAAACAACCAAGAAACAGACCUCUCCUCAGACGGAUGUCAAAGUGACUUGUGCUCCUUUAUGACUUUUCAGUAAUAUGUUGUGCGUACCUGACACAGAUGUGAUAUAAGUCGGCAAACAUAGCCGUAUUAACAACCACAAGUGGUACCGCAUUCAAGAAGACAAGAACAUCACUCCACAGGAGAUUCCAGUCUCAAUUUUCAUGGCAUAGUCCUGGCUGACUUGUAACCAGUGAAAACUGCAUGGAGAUGACCUGCACUGCAGUGGAAGUUGUGGCUCAUCUCUGCCGAUGGUUUCCAUUUUUGUUACUGACUGGUUAGUUUUCUUGGUUUAAUAAUGUAUAAACCCUGCUUAACAUUAUGCAGUUGAAUUUCUUUGUGUUGCUCAGAUGCAUUGUCUGGCUGGAGGCACAUACCAGCCAUAUGUCUGAAACAAUGUUUUCCUACGCGCCCUCUGUUGGUAACAGAUGAGCCCUAGCGGGCUACUGCAGUGCUUUCAUUUUGUUGAUUCUCCCCAUAAUCUGGCUGAGAUAUGGGGGGGAGGGGAGGUCAACCUUUGACAACCAACACAACUUCUAAAACUGCCUCAUAUCAUUAUUGAAAUAUAUUCAGCAGUACCUUUCUGCAUUUCAGGAGAUGUGCUUAUCUGCAGUUGCAUUAAUAUGAUCUGUGGCAAAAUUACAAGAAGGACCAACUAUCAAAAGAAAACAGAACAUUUAACAACCAUAUUAAACACACACAUCAUGGCUGUCUUCUACCCAGGAACUUGAUGCUUUGAAUUAAGUACCUUAAGUAACAUUUCCAAACCUGUUUUGAAUUUUGAUUGGAGGAUUUUGACAUUUGGAUCACGGAUUGUGAUCUGUGACUCUGCAAAAAUGAUAAGAUGCCUGUUAAAUAAUGAGUCACAUUUUUAAUUUUAACAUUUUAAAUUGGUAUCAUACGACAGGAAAAAAAAGCUCAAAACCCUAACUGUUGAUGUCACUUAAUGAUGGCAUUUGAAAUUCAUAUUUUUGCUCUGGCCCCACCCCAAUGGAGGCAUCUUUGGCAUCAAAACUUUGGAAACCUUCCCUUCAUUCACUGUCUUGCCUCAGCAAGUAUUUUCAGAGUUGUGUGGUAGGUGGAGACGGGCUGAAACCAUGAGUGUAAGUAAUCUUAUAUAAAUUACAACUUUAACUUAACUGUCAUAAAUCUUGACUAGUAUACUUGUUGCACUUUACUGCAUUUAUGUUAAGGAAAUGGAAAAUAUGCUUGAUAAAUGAAGCAAAUCCAGUUGUAGUCCACAGUGUUCAUUUUCCUGAAGAACUGGCUUGAUUCUGACAUCAUGUGGACUAUUGGUGGUGUAUUGACAUUUUUUGUCCUCAGAUUAGCAACAUACAUCAGUGUACUUUCUGACUUCUUUUUUUUCCUCACACAACAUUCUUUUUCACAUUGUCAAGAUGAAUGAUGAGUGGCUUUCCAGCUUACCUUUGGAGUCACAUACGUAUUCUUUUCUAAACAGUUGUAGUCCAAUGUUGGACAGCAUUUUGGAUAUCAAUUGGAUUCUCUAUCCCAUGAUAUUUUCUUUUGUCUAAUAGCAUUUGAAAAACAAUGGGAAUACAUUGGAGUUAAGACCUCAAGACAAAUUACAUAUUCAAGUACUUACAGUGUUACUUUUGUGUACAGAGAGAGAUUUCACUCUGUAUGGCUUUAAAUUUAAAAGGGUAUUAAAGAAUUUUUGCUUAGUCAUAACAAUUACCCAGUAAAAUUUCCUGGUUUAUGUAGCUUUUGAGAAUCCCGCACAGCUGACAUCACUGCAAAAUAGAGGAUUUCAUCCACUUCGAUGAAUUUGGUAAUGUUAUUAGAUAUCAUGGAGUGUUUAUCUGAAAUGUUACGUGUGUUUGUGUUAUGUACAUUUUUUCUUUAACAGGUUUGACCAGCUUUAAAGAUUAUGGACUAUGGAAGGAAUUUGUUGCUGUAUAGCAAGGACUCAAGAAUGCUUGUGCAAAGAGACCUAAACACUGGACUUGAGUCCUAAGUUAGUAACAUUCAGCUGGCACUGUGCAAAAGCUUACAAAGGAACCAUAAAAAGGUUUGGAAAAAGGCCGCCAUUUGUCGUCAACAUAUAUUUAACAUGAGUUGGUGUACUACGGAUAGGAAGUUGGUGCAUAAUGCUGAUUUAGCCAUGUUCGUCAAGCAUGACAAGUUCCUAUGAAACCUGUAGAUAAACUAUCACACUGGUAAACCUUCAAUAUUUUAUGAACACAAGAGCAUAGCUGACUUUUUUUGAAUUUUCAACUUAAUGGAUUUUGUAGAAAUCUUUCAUAUAAUUUGGUAAUAUAAAUGCAGAUCCCCGAAUGUUUCAUUAGGUGGCACUUGCAUAUCCAAUGCCCAUUUGUAGAAAAUAGAAAUGAUAUUUGGCUCUUGUGGCUAAAAGUCAAGUGAUGGGGAUCAGUGAAUUUUAUUAUUUUCUUGAUUAUCAUACUGCAGUCAUCAAUUUCACUAAUAACUGAUUUACCUAAUAUUGAAAGGCAUACAGUAGUUGCAAAACUUGUGGGAAUAGACUGUGUAAAGAAGGCCCAUUGUAGUCUACAGAACCAGGUCUGUGUCGGUGUCAAGUGCCAAAUUUCUUCUGGCACAUGUUUACAACCGCUGAAUUUGUGGAACACUGCCUGUGUAUUUAUUUUUCAGAUCUCCAUCUAAAGCUAACUAUUCAUGGAACAGCUGACUGGGGAUCUGUAUAUACCUUGGCCAAGAUCACCCUUGAGGGUUAUUCCAGAUUUGCUUUAUUCCUGGAAGAGUCUUCUCUCACUUUAUCAAGAUGGACAAGAAAUUUCUAGCUUGACCACUCUUUAUGUAGUGCUCUUUUGUAAACAGCAAGAGGCUGACUUUUUGGACAACACUUGGAUUUUCUAAUUAAAAUGUAUCCCCUUGAAGUCACAUAGCAAAUUGAAAAUAAGAGGGAAAAGGUAAAUACCCGCCAACACUUGAGUAAGAUAUUCAGGUAUAUUUUUUGUACCUUGACGGUAAAAAUCAAAAGGUGAAUAAAGAUCUCGCAAAGCUUUAAUUACUUAUGUAACGUACCAUUGGUGUAAAGUAAGUUGAUGUGGAAUUUGAAAUUAGGCAAUGUAUUACUAAAUAAUAUCAGGUUAAUUUAGGGUUUGCUAGUGUAAAAACAAUGUCAUCGAUUUUCCUUCUGCAAGCAGCAUCUGAACAUCCUGCAAAUCAGUACUUGAAAUACUCUGGAUUUUGUAAUACAAUUGGACCUGCGUUUAAAUUUGAAAACUUGUAAUGUUAUGUCUGUGUGUUGGUGUUGUGUACAAUUUGUUUUCUUUAACAGGUUUGACCAUCUUUAAAGGUGUUGGACUAUGAGAAGGAACUUUCCAUACCAAGAAAUUCAAAGUCAGUGGUAACCACAGAUUUAGCAAUUUAAACAUUCAGCUGAAGUUACGUUUAGCUUCUGUUGGAGUGGAGAAGCAGUCGCUUUCGAGGACCCAAUAAUUUUGAAAACCUUGGAUUCAUUAUUGAUGAUGAUAGGUGGUUGCUCUGUAGCUUCUGUUUGAAAGUUGGAAGAUGGACAUGUUAACAUUUGGCCAUUCUUCUGGCACAAGUAGAAGUGAUUGAACUCACUGUGCUGAGCACACUCAACAUACUGCAUGGUAGCUUUAUUCCAAAGGUUUGGAACAGGCAUUUCCCCUGUUGCUAACACAUUGCAAGCACAUGACUCUGCAUUAUUUAAGUAAAAGAAAUCAUAUCGUAAACAGUAACGCUCUUAAAUAGAAUUUCAUAAGAUCUGUUUAAAAGUAAGGUCAAGUGCACUUCACAUAUUACACAGUAACAAUAUUGCGGAGGUUUGGAACAGGGAUAUCCCCUAUUUCCAACACAUUUUGAAAAAGAAAAAUCAAAUCAUUGAUGCAGACAUUCUUUAAGAGAAGUUCUUUGUCAAAAUUUGUUUAAUGGUGGCGCCUAGCAUACUUUUUUUUACCAAUAUAUUUAUUGGAUUUUCUUUUUUUCAUGUAUUUCUUUAUAUAAGACAAGCAAUAAUAAAACAAAACAGCUCAGUUCCCAAACAUGUACAGGAAAUGGCCUAUAUUGCAGGUAAGUCACAGAGUUCAGGUUCAGGAGACUCCUUGUAAAAUAACGGAAGAAAAAUCAGGUCCAAGAUAAUUCAGAUAGGGCUGCUAGAACUUAUCUGUUUUGUUGUGUAGAAUACUUAUAAGAUAUUCCAAAGGAACCAGCUCAAAUAAAACUUCACACUAGCCCUUAAUAGAAGGGCCCUAAUCAUUAGUCCACUGUAAUUUUUUUUAAGCAGCAAAAGUAAGAAUGUUAUAACCUUUUGCUAGCUACAGUAGUUAUAUUUCCACUUGGGAAGCCCAAAAUCAAUGACACUGGAUCCAUUUCUAAGCCUUUGUCAAAUACCUUUUCCAUUUCACUCAAUGGAAAAGGUCUCGUCUAGCACACUUAAUUUGAUUACAAAAUAACUACUGUGUAUUAAUGAAGUUCGGAACAGGGAUGUCCCCUGUUUUCCAAUACAUUUUGAUUUUGUCAUUGGAAUAAAAAUGGCAACCACCUUGAAUGCUCACAUUCAUAAUAGAAUUUCUUAGUUAGUAUUUGUUUAAAUGUAACGUCAAGCACAGUUAACAAACCACUCAACAAUAUUACAGAGGUUCGGAACAUGGAAGUCCCCUCUUUACCCAACACAUUUUGACUUUAUUGGAAUAAAAAUGGCAUCCAGCUUGGACAUUUAAAUUCGUAAAUAGAACUUCUUUGUCAGAUUUUUUUAAAAGUAUAAUGAAGCGCACCGAACAUACUACUAAAAAACAAUAUUAUAGAGGUUUGGAACAGGGAUGUCCCCUAUUGCCAACACAUUUUGACUUUGCCUUAUUAGCAGAAGAGUGGAAAUCAAAGCUUAGACACUGACAUAAAGAGAAUUUCCAAGUCGAGAUUUGUUCAAAGGUAGCCUCAUGGCAUUUAUUAACCCUGCACCACAACCUCACCCCAACAAUAUUGUUUCUCUUUUGUGAAAAAUUCUUGAUGGAAAAACUACACUACUAGACCUCGCCUCCUCUAUUCACCAAACUACCUGAGGCAGGAAGUCCCAUGAAGUCUGUAACCUUGCGUUUGGGGAAAAAAAGAGUGGCGUGUUGUGCUGUGUGAUUGUGUGUGUUUCAUGUCUUUGGGAAAAUGAGAGGUGUGUUAGCUGCUGUCAGCCAGCUUGUCAAAGACAGGCUGCCCCAGUCCACAAUAGAGGCUCUUCUCUGCAAUUGGGUUACAUUGACGAUGAGUAGUUCUGCAGAAGUCAGUGGACAGUAAAGCCUGGACUUGUUUGCACUGCAGCCAGAGGUAUGCUUACACAGAUCAGCUGAACAAGUAAGGUAAGUGUCCCAUCCAUGUUUAUAAUACAAGAUGCACAGUUCUCCCAUAUCUUAACUCUUCUCUCUGUCCUCUCAAACCAUGUCACUGCUCAAGGUGACAUUUACAGGGCUUCUGGCAUCACACUUUUAAAGAAUGGCAUCACAGUGCAGAUCUUUGUUCCUCUACCCUUUUUGUGUGUGGGUGUGGCAAAGCAUUAUAGCCCGUGCAGUGUGUGUGUGUGUGUGGUUGUAGUACUUGGCUUCUAUGUACGUAUGCAUGAAACAAACUAUGUAUGGACGGCUGAGUCACUGGUUCAACACUACAGUUUCCAACCACCGAUGUGUGGAAUAUAGUGCUGAAACCUGACACGAAAUGUUUUACAAGCAAAUAAUGGACUCGGAAGUGUAUCUGGGUUCAAUUUUUUUGGAAUCGCUUAAAGUACAAAAGCAAAAUUUUCUUUAGGAAGUUUAAAUUUUGAACCAAUGGUCAUUACUGUCUUCCUCUUUAGGUAUUUCAGUAGUUUUUUCCAUUCAUGCUCUGCUGUUUUCUGUGAUGGUUUUUGCUUUUGGAACCUUUUGUUAUAUUUGAAAAGUGAUCUGCAGUGCAAAAAGGCAGGUUGUGUGCAACAAUGACGCCCAGCUCAUGUGACAGCAGUUUCUACUUAAAAGCUAUAAGGAAGCUCUUUGGUUUUCUCUUCUUUGUGUCUAUCUUACGUCUUAAACUGUCAACUUUCUCUUUAAGCAAUGGUGCAGAGCACAAAAUUCUCAGUUAUUGUAGUUUUUUUCAUGUUUCAUAUUCAUAUAUUUACCAUAUUUUACACAUUUAUUACUUUAAGCCACAUUUUGAAGAUUUUGUCAUCUCCAGAAACACUAUAUUUUGAAAAGUAUGAUCUACAAAUAGUCACCUCAAACCAAUUUGUCCCGAAUUAGUAAACUAACAAAAAAAACUAAGAGCACAGUAGUCAAGAAUUUACUGAAGCAGUUAAACAUUUAAUUCUGAUUAACUAUGCAAAAUUUGUAUUAGUUGGUAGUUUUGUUUACAGUAGUUGCACCGUCUGUUAUCAUUAUUCCUGACCUUCUUCUUCUCUGGCUGAACAAUGUCUUUACUAUGAACAUGAAUUUAUGGUAUUGGGUUGGGGUGUCUUUGCAGUUCGGAAGUGAAGUGUGUCUCAUACUAUCUGGGUUGUUCUGGGUGGGAUUGUAGAAAAUAAUAAAAAAAAAACAUGUUAAUAGACACAUGUGCCACGCAUUGUGCCUGUACCUUAAUCUUUGCUCCACAACCUUUGACUUUUGUGCGUUUUGUGUAGACGGGGUUUGGGGUGGAUUUCAUCUUUCUGUUUACAAAUGCAAAUAUUUCAACUCAAGCGGAUGAUAAUUGGUUUCCUCAGUUCAUGAACUAGAUUUUCAUGUAUUUGGAGCUCAAAUUCAUAGAUAUAUUUGAUAGGGCUGUUGGUGUUUGAUUGGAGAGUCUCACUAUACUUAAUAUACAACAUCUGUCUCUUCAGUUAAGAGCUGUAAACUUUAUUUGCUUGGCACCUUGCAAAUUGUCUACACUCUGCACUUAAUUUUUAAACCAGAGUCAAAUGUAACAAGGCAGCUAUUUAAAAUGAAAAAUACUGAUGUGUAUUAAAAUCUGCGAAACCCUUGUAACAGUCUCAGUUUAGUAGUUGGUUUCAGAGUUUUAAUCACCGCCUCACAAACAGCCACAGAUCUCAACACUUCACUUGUAACUUGUAGACUCCUCAAACUGAACAGACAUUGAAAUUACAGUUUUCUUUUGUUCAUAACACUGAAGAGGUUUGUAGAGAAGAUGUGUAAUGUGACACGUAUGUACCAGAGAAAAUAAAUGUAUGAACUUUGAAAUGCUGCUUACUUCAUAUCUUAAAGUUUUGCAGUAGUGCUCGACUGAACAGUUUGUCAGUAAUGGGUUUACUACACUCAGUGCUUCAGUUAUGAGCUGAAAACAGCACUUGCUUUCCUUUCCCCUCUCCUCUUGGUGCUCAGUACCUCUUACUGCUCAUAUUUUGUCGUUCUGCCUGUUUCACUUGAAUGCCAUAUCAUGCCAGUGACCAGCCAGCCAUUUUGAAAAAGUACAGUACAUCAUGACUGUGGCAUUUUUCCUUCUGUUGCUUGUAUGUAGAGUUGUCUUGUAGCUGUAAAGGACCGUGGUACCUGGAGUUUAUGGUUCUCACAAGCUCUGACAAGCCUUGUUCAAGAGGAAACUACACUGUUCAGCCAACACAAUGAAUCGAGCCUUCGAGGCUGUCGAGAUGUAUCUGUCUGCACUGUGAUCCAUUUUCUAAGUCCUCAGUCCUGAUUGGCUAAACUCUUCUACGUCCCGUCUCAGAGUGUGAUGCCAGAAUUACCCUUGUGGCCUCUGACGGCCUCGUCUAAAUAAAAGGGCUCUGCCCAAAGUCUGCAAGACUGACACAGCAAAUGACCAGGUCUACCUCUGUACAAGGUUACUCACCUGUUAUGGAACAGCUCCAGCUCUGUUUGGGGUUUUGCAGCAACACCCCUGAUGUGUCAGUACGAAGUCAAGCUCACAUGGCUUUGUAACAGAAUUACAUUCCCCGAGGAUUGCAUCAGUGAUGAACGUCGUCGUCAUUAAUUUGUCUCGUCCCCCCUGCAGUUUCUGAACAAAUGAACCAGUUUGCUGAGAUGCCUUUUUCUAAAACUCUACCUGUAUAUGAACUUUGUCACACAACUCAUACUACAUAUUUGUACUUCUCUUCACAAUGACAUACACAUUAACAGUUGUGUACUUGUAAUGCAUGUUCAUAUCAUAACCUCUAUUUGAAACGUGUUUGGUUUUCUUUUAAUCUCUAGUUGGUCACUGCUCACACACACAACACGCACACAUACAGUACAUAUAGAAGCACAGGUUGUCAUUUUGUCUUUUAAGGAUGGCAACUUCAAAUCAGUAAUGUCUGAGUGAUGCUGACCAGUUCACUGUCAGGCUCUCAUUGUUUGUCUCUCGCCACAGGAGCCUCGACCAGUCGAAGGAGGCUGAGAGUCCACACCGUUAACCCACGGUAAAUGAAGACUGAUAUCUGAUAAAAUGCCAGAGCUGCAGGAGACCGAGCCACCGCACUGUGGUGACGCCAGGAUGACCUCCAUAGCUGCAGGUUGUGAUGCAGUAGCAUGAGGCAACCAGCAGAGGACAAACAGUCUGCAGUCCAGAGGAUGGAUGCACUUUUCUUACUUUGAAGUUUCUAAAUAAAAAAUAUAAACCUGA